AAAAUUUCCACGAUAUUUUUUAAUUCUGGAAAGCCCCUGAGCAAAUGAAGUCCCUUGUGCUCCGCAUGGGUUGAUAAUCACAAGGCUUUGCAAGCGCGGUUGGUGACAGACAAGGUGUUGCAGAGCAAACACAGCGUCAGCUCCCUUAAGACUAUAACUGCCGUGGUCUGGCUUUCUCAUAUGAAAUCGUACCAACUGGAAUACAAACUCGAAGGAGAGAAGAACUCAUACCAGCAGCCUGGCAAGACUCUCUGAUGUGUCUGGAAGGGAGGGAGCAGUCACAGACAAAACUGCAGCUGUUUUCUCAGUUAUCAGGAGCCAAUGGGAUCUCAGAGCAACAGGGUUUCCAGCACUGAAUGUCACCCCUUGGAGUUAGAAGGUGCAGACCAGAAUGAAGACAUGUCCAAUACCAGUGAGUCUGUGUCACUGGCUGACACCUCAGCAGAGAAGGUCAUGCAAGGAGCUGACGCUGACCUAGAAGAGAAGGCCACACAAGGAGCUGAUACUGACCUAGGAGAGCAGGCCAUGCAAGCAGCUGAUACUGACCUAGGAGAGAAGGCCACGCAAGGAGCUGAUACUGACCUAGAAGAUGAAGGUCCUGUGAAGGCCUUUGCAGGCAUUAUGGGUGCAGAGCUGUACUUGGAAGCAUGCAAGCUGAUGAAGGUGGUGCCUGUCUCGAUCUUUAUUCGGAACUUGGCCAAGCCUUAUAUAAACCUGAACCACUAUGGUCUAGGACCGAAAGGUGUCAAAGCCAUUGCUAUUGCUCUGGUGUCCAAUGCAGCUGUCACCCAUUUAGAGUUGGAAGACAACAUCAUUCUUGCAGAAGGAGCCAUAUGCAUAGCAAAGAUGCUACAGCGGAAUUCCACCCUUCAAGAACUGAACAUCUCCAAUAACCACCUUGACACAGCAGGUGCUGAAGCCAUUGCUGGCUUGCUUUUGGAUAACGUAUCCUACCUCCAUGCUCUUCAGCUCUCAGGAAACAACUUUGGGGACAAGGCUGCGUCAUACCUUGCUGAGGCAUUAACGGGCAAUUUUAAAUUGAAAGAGCUGGACCUCAGCCACAAUGAGUUCACUGAGAAGGGAGGACAGCUCCUGGGACAAAUGAUCGACAUCAACACAACACUGGAGAUUCUGGACCUGAGCUGGAACUACCUGAGAAGGAAGGGAACAGUAGCGCUGGGCAGAGGUCUCAGGGUAAAUGGUGCACUGAAAAUACUCAACCUUUCUUGGAAUGGCAUUGGCAAUGUGGGAGCACUGGCCCUAGGAGAAGCUCUCAGCGUCAAUAAUGUGCUGGUUCAUCUGGACAUCAGCAACAACCAGAUCGACAACGAGGGAGCCAAGAAUCUCUGCAGGGGCCUUGAAGUCAAUGGAAAACUCAAAAUCCUGAAGAUGGCAAAUAAUCCUCUGACUGUGGAAGGUGCCACUGCACUACUCACAUCUGUCAGAAAGAACCCAAAUUCCAUGAUGGAGGAGAUCAACAUCUCGAAUGUGUUGGUGAAUGAAACUUUCAUCAAGUUGCUGGAUUUGGUGUGUCAAACACGUCCUGAACUAGAUGUCAUCUAUGGUGAGGUCGAAGGCUGUGUUGCGAAGAUUCCCAAGCAGCAUCCAAGUCCCAUGAAAGUGAUUCAGAAUUAUUUGAAAGAGCACAACCUGCAACUCUGGGACUUUUUUAGUAAUAUUGACAAGGACGGAAGCAUGAAGAUCCCCGUGGCAGUGUUCCGCAGAGCCAUGAUGCAGCAGUCAAGCAUCCCACUGGAUCGAGUCCAAAUUGGGGAACUAGUGCGCAAGCUAGACUGGAAUCAGACAGGGUUUGUGGACUAUAGACAUUUAAAAGAGCAGGAGCCGACACAGAAGCCUGUGGAAGGGGAAGUGGAGGAGGAGAAGGACAAGCCAUAAAACUGAAACAAGGAGGCAGCUCAGACAGUGAAUGAUUGUAGUAGAAACACUGGAAGAAAGUUCAGAGUGGCCCUGGGCUUGGCCCAACACUGAUAGUCUAAGUUAUUGAAUGCAGAAAUAAUAGUCAAUAUUCCUGUACACAGCAGGUCCUCUAUACAGUCUGGUUCUUUCAGCUAGAGGUAGAAGGGAUUGGUCCUUUGGAGCUGGUUACCAAUUCUGUCUCGCUCUGUGUGCUAACCUUAUUUGUAGAGACAGAGACAAAAAGCAGGAAUGGGGAUAACAAGAGAACUCAGGUAUUUUCAUUAUCCCAUUUAGAGGGAGUACACAUGGGCAAAGACUGUAGCAAGUGCCCUGCAGACAACCGCUACCAGACGUAGCGGUUCUGACACAGGGACCUUCUCUGUGAAGAGGAGAAAAAUAAAGUUCAUAAAAAACUGCAGUUAAUGUUGCUCAGAAAGUUAUGGUAACAGGAAUUUUAUUAAAUAUCUCUGUGGGAAAAAAUAUGCUGGAAGGGUUGAAGCUGUAACAGAUUUUAAAUGGCUCAGAUACUAAACUGCUUUUUUUUAAACCAAUAUUAAAAAAAACCCCCAUAUUUCAACAACUCUUAAAAAGAAAUGAAAGCCUUAUAUAUAUUAGUAUUUAUACAUAAACAGAGUGCAGAAAAUGUAAACAUGGGCAGAUGAGCUGAGCCACAGGAAAUACAGUUUGCCAUGUGCAGCUGCCAAUAUAGACUAUACCACCAUGAAACUUGGAAAACUGGGACAAGCUGGCCACUCUGGGAAGACCAGCCUUCAGUGGAAAGGAAGAGAAGCAGCUGUUUGCCAUCUGGUAAGUCUCUGUCUGUUUCCUAGCAGAAUUCACACCUGGGAAAAAUAUCUUUGAAUUAAGAGUUCCUGUGGGUCCAGUGCCUCAUCAGAGGACAAUGUGACUGUUGCCAUGAUGGCAUCAGCGUGACUUCUCAGUAGUUAUUCUCAAUAGUGACUGCUGGGAUUUAACUCAUUACCUGAGCAGAUCCGUGCCCACUGUUGCCUGUGACUCUUCCAGAAUUUACUUGUGAUUGUGGCCAGUGCCCCCUUCACAUCUGAAGCCCACGGAGAUUGAGACAAACAAUCAGAACAGCGCAGCGCAUUUGAAAUCUUAGGCAGUAUGCACAUGCGGGGCGUGACACUGUGGGGUUUUCUGUUCUCUGUUCCUAAAAUAAUGGCUUUAAAGUGAAGGAGGAAGAUUUAGACUAGACAUUAGGAAGAAAUUCUUCACAAUGAGGGUGGUGAGGCACUGGAACAGGAUGCCCAGGGAAGCUGUGGCUGUCCCAUCCCUGGAGGUGUUCAAGGCCAGGCUGCACGGAGCCUUGAGCAGCCUGAUCCAGUGGGAGGUGUCCCUGCCCACGGCAGGGGGGGUGGAAUUAAAUGAUCUUUAAGGUCCCUUCCAACCCAAACCAUUCUAUGAUUCUAAAAUGUAAUCAGCUUUUCGUGACUGUUCCUAAGCACCGAGGUACACUUUUUUUAAAGUAUCCACUAAACCUGCAAGAUCCAGAACACGAAGACUCGGCGCGGGGAGGGGUGCGGUUGGGGAGCGGUCCAUGCCCAUCCUUUAACAACUCGAGCUCGCCUCCUCCUCAGACAGACCCACCGCGCCUUGCCCCGGGGCCGGGCCGGGCCGGGGGGUGCUGCGGCGCAGGGCUGGGCUGGUGCCCGUGCCGCCCCCCGGGGUCAGGGCAGCCCCGGUGGAGCGCGGGGAGCCGCGCUGCCCCCCACCGCGGCACUGAUCCCCCCGGGACUACCGGCUGUGCCCGCAGCCUGCGCUCGGCUCCCCUUCUGAAAACUACUUGGUGGCUGUUUACCGAAGAAGUGCUACCAGCAGGAGCAUCGUUUGAACUGUUGUAAGCCGUUCCCCCGCCGUCCCGCUCCAGCGACUGGGAGGGUGGUGGGCAGUGCCUGGGGUGCGCUUUGUGAUGGACUCACGGCCUCGGUGGCCGAGGGAGUACGGAUACUGACUCUUGGUUCCUACCCGUGUGACAACGCUGACAUCGCUUGUUGGCCCAUGUUUGUGAUGAGUAUGGAGCAGUGUCACUGCUGCCGGACAGUUUUAGUCCUUCUUGGAUCCACUGAAGUUACUGCACACGAUCCACGGACCUGAGCGCAAUUUAGUCAUCAUUUCUGGGGGAGGCUGAUGUUUAAAACAUGUCAUCUUCUAGGAUGUUCCUCAGCUGCUCCAAGCCUGCUGAUCACGUGUUAACCAUCAAGUACUCACGCCAGUGUAAAAUAUAUCUGUAUCUCUCUCCCCCUCAAUCCCAAGAAGUCCUUUUUUGAGGUUUUGAGUUUUUUUCCCCCUAGUUUAGGAGGCAUACAAUGUAAAUACCAACAUGUGCAAACUGAGAUUUAAGGCCAGGAAGCUGGAAACACCUCAUGAUUUUGUAUUUGCACCAAAAAAAGGAGUAGUUUUUUGGCAUGUCCAACAACUAUUGUUACCUGACAGAGAACAAAAUUUACAGCAUCUCAAACAAGCUUCUUGGCCAAUCAACAGGCAGAUGCUCUCUGAGUUUGGUAAGCUAAAUCAGGUGUGAGAAGUUUCUCACUUGUUUCCAGACUAGCAAAUGUGGAAGAGAGAACAAUGGGAUCUCAGAGGACCUAAUGGCAGGGAGUGAAGGUCAUGUUUCACUGUCCCUACAGCACUGUGUUUGUUCUGCAGAAAAAGGUGCAUGUCAAAGUGGAGGAGUAACAUGUACAGACUGUUAAAUAUCUUCACCUUUUCUUCCCACAGUGUCUUGGGUUUGUUGUAUGUGUUACACAUGCAUCUUUAUCUCAUGCACAGUGCUGUUGUAUAUUAGUCAUGCAUUACUAUUCCACUUAGGUUUACACAGAAUCGUCUGCCCAACUAAACUGAUUUGUCCAAUUAUUGCCUUUAAGAUUCUAGAUUAGCUACAGCCAUCAAAAAUCUGCGGUAAGAAAACAACAUAAUCAAAUAGAGACGGGUGCUGGCCUGCGGCAGGUGUGGCUUUUAUUUAUUUGCCUGUCCACUUAAACUCCAGACACAACAGUGAUGUGGCACUUAGAUUGUACUUUUACACCAGGAAAAACCUACAGGGAGAUUGCAUGGUUUCUUUCAGCUGAAGAGUUUGAGCCCAGAUUUCUGUUCCAAAAGGGUUUGGUAAAUAAAAAUUAUCUACUUUGCCAAACACAAAACCAAAAGAGAUGAGACCUCUGGGAAUGAGCUAGCUAUAACCUUCUGUCCUACUGUGUGGCCUGAUGCAACUUAAAUACUAGCAAAAAAACUGGGAAUGCUAGUGAAAAUUUUAGUUCUCCAAAUUCACAUGCAAGCAGCAUGGUGGAGGGAUGUAGUUGCAGUGUCUCUCAACACUCUUAGAUCAAUAAAGCUUUUUUAAGCUUGGUGGCAGCAUUUGUCCCCUUGCUGGGAAUUCAGAGAUACUGAGCAGGGCAGUCAGGGAGUAGAGCAUGAAUUGCUCUGCUGAUCCUGCACCUGUGAAACGGCACAGAAGGAAAUGUUUUGGCCAGCAUAAAUUAAGGCAGCCCUGAAACUCAUCUAAAGUACCUUAGGAAUUCAGCCUGCCAGCACAAAAUUAGACAGCGCAGAAAGCUGGCUAAACAUAAUCUCUGUAUCUUCCUGGGCUUGUGAAAGUGACACAGCCAAGUGACAUUGUCAGAUCUCUUCAAUAUUAGAAAGAAAAUGACACUGAUUAAGUAAUGUUUUUAAAUCACAGCAUGCACAACAUAGUAUUUAAUGUGUUAGCUAGUUUAGAUGAACCUUUGGAUAUCUUGCAGGGGAAAUCAUCUUUUUGUUGUGGAUCUCAUUCAGCAGAAUGAGACUCAAUUCAGACUGAUUUCCUAGGUGCCACCACAACACUUAAGACAACAUAUUGUUGCAUUAAAAAGGACAUUACUGGUCAGAAUCUCUGGAAACCUCAGAGUAAGUAUUAAGACUAAUGUUAUAUGCCAAACUAUCUCAGCUUGUUCCCAUUGAAGACACAUUUGCUCUGUGUAGCUGAACUAGCUUAAAGGGUUGGCCUUUAGUUUGAAAGGAGAAAUCUCACGGGCUGCCAAAAUGGGUACACUGAUACUACUCUCCAUCUUUUUAAUUGCAUUAAUAGUUCUUUGUUCCAGUGGUCUCUCAUCCAUAUAAUAUGUAUACCAGAAAGGUGUCCAGUGUAUAUCAGUGGGCACGUGCCUUAUGCAAAGGGUAUCAUGCAGCCAUGCACAAAAUAAAGCAUCAUGGGACUGGGAGUAUGUCAUGUGCCAUGUACUAGUGCAACUGAGACACUUGAGUACCCUUUCAACUCACUCACUGAAUAAAACCUCACCUGAGUCAGUCACAGCAACAAUAUAGAAUCUGAAGAGAUUAUGAAGUGAACGUCUGCAAGGACAAAAUUGUUUUUUCUCAGCAUGAGGCAGCAGAUUUGGGUCAAUUGACUGAUGCUAAUGUUUUCUUACAAGACACUGGAAAAAAAUAAGGAUCAUAAUGGACAACUCGGUUCUUGAAAAUACAUGUUCUACUUGUUAUUUUU